CUACGGUAUCCCCAACGGCGAAAGUUUAAAUAUUAAUGAGGCUAUUGAAAAAGCUUACAAUAGAAAGCGAAAAUGGUUCAUGAAAGCGGAGAGAUGUCGCGAGCAAUGAAACGUAAGCACGUUUUCAACGAAUCCAUCCAGAACUACUUUUCUCCACCCACAGAUGAGCAAGAAAUUGUAAGAAUCGUGAGCAGCAAAGGUAACAACUUGCACGAAGUGGAGAGUCCCAGUCGUGACAAUUAUUUGGUCUCGAUGCCGGUCAAGUUUCGUAAAAAUAUAUGGGUUAAACGUGGUGAUUUCGUGCUAGUCGAUCCCAUCAAGGAGGGUGAAAAAGUUAAAGCAGAGAUGGUACGGGUUUUAUCCAAGGAACACAUCAAGUAUUUCAAGAAGAUCAAUGUGUGGCCAGAAUCUUUCAAUAUUAAAUUCGAUAAUGACAGUGAAGAUGAAUUGGAAAAGGACAUGAAUAAUCUAAUGAAGUCUUCAGAUGAUAGUAGUGACAGUUCAGAUAGUGAUACCGACUCUACAGAAAACAGCUCCAGCGUUAUUUAAGUUUAAGUUAUGACGUAAAUUGUGUAUUUUUUUGUUGUAUAUU